UUGGUAGCCACAAAGGAAACGGACAGUGCAAGAUCUCGUAGCAUGCCAAUGUCGCCAUCUGACUUUCUGGAUAAAUUAAUGGGUAGGAUGUCAGGCUACGAUGCAAGAAUUAGACCAAAUUUCAAAGGCCCUCCAGUUAAUGUCACAUGCAACAUUUUUAUAAACAGCUUUGGAUCCAUUGCAGAAACAACCAUGGACUAUAGAGUGAACAUCUUUCUCCGUCAGAGCUGGAAUGAUCCACGUCUUGCAUAUAGUGAAUAUCCAGAUGACUCCUUGGACUUAGAUCCCUCAAUGUUGGAUUCAAUUUGGAAACCUGAUUUGUUCUUUGCUAAUGAAAAAGGUGCCAACUUUCAUGAAGUUACAACAGACAACAAGUUAUUACGAAUUUUCAAAAAUGGAAAUGUUCUUUAUUCUAUCAGGUUGACUUUAAUACUAUCCUGUCCAAUGGAUCUCAAAAAUUUUCCAAUGGAUGUGCAAACUUGCAUAAUGCAGCUGGAAAGCUUUGGAUACACCAUGAAUGAUCUCAUUUUUGAAUGGCAAGAAACAGGAGCUGUACAAGUAGCAGAAGGACUCACUCUACCACAGUUUCUGUUGAAAGAAGAGAAAGAUUUAUGUUAUUGCACCAAAAACUACAACACAGGAAAGUUUACGUGCAUUGAAGUCCGUUUCCACCUUGAAAGGCAGAUGGGUUACUAUCUCAUUCAAAUGUACAUUCCAAGUCUCUUGAUUGUCAUUCUCUCCUGGGUAUCAUUUUGGAUCAAUAUGGAUGCCGCUCCAGCCCGAGUAGCUUUAGGUAUAACAACUGUACUGACCAUGACAACACAGAGUUCAGGUUCAAGAGCAUCACUCCCAAAGGUAUCAUAUGUCAAAGCCAUUGACAUCUGGAUGGCAGUAUGCCUGCUCUUUGUAUUUUCUGCACUUCUGGAGUACGCAGCUGUAAAUUUUGUGUCGAGGCAACAUAAAGAACUCCUGAGAUUCCGACGGAAGAGGAAGAAGAAUAAGCAAGAGGAUGAUGAGGUAAGAGAAAGUCGAUUCAGUUUUACAGCCUAUGGAAUGGGGCCAUGUCUGCAAGCAAAAGAUGGAGUGACUCCAAAAGGGCCAAGUAAUCCUGUUCAAGCUGCACCAAAAAGCUCUGAUGAGAUGAGGAAGGUAUUCAUUGACCGGGCCAAGAAGAUAGACACCAUUUCCAGAGCUUGCUUCCCAUUAGCCUUUUUGAUUUUCAACAUUUUUUAUUGGGUCAUCUACAAAAUCAUUAGGCAUGAGGAUAUUCACCAAUAACAAGAUUAAGGCUUCUAGUACAUACAGUUUGGGCUGGCAUAUUCAGCGGGAGGUGUUCCAUUGCAAAUGUGUGUACAGAUACUGACUGGGCUAGUUAAAAGGCACAGAGGGGAAAAAAAGAUUUCAUUUGACUUGCUAUGCAAAGUCACAAUGGGAUUGAUGAAGAUUGGCACCCAAGAAAGAUGUGAUGUCUGCUACUACAAAAAUUUAUAUACAUUUACUAAAUGUAAUCAACUUUUUCAUAGUAAAUCACACUAUAUGAUAGCUUUACUGCCAAUGUGUUUUUACAUACUGUUACAUAGUGGGAUAAUUGUACAGUACUCUUUAAAGUUCCUUACGAUUUUUUAAUUCAUUUGUAUUUUUAAAUUACAAAAAUGGGUCCAAAAAUGUCUCAGAUAAAUUCCAUAGAUUAUACAAACAAAGAUUAUACUAAAAUUUCUAACUCUGAUUUCAGUCUUACAAGAUCACAGACUACUGAUUGGUGUUUUAGUCUAGCAUAUUGUCUUGAUUUAGUAAUUCAAAUGGGAUUCGUAAUGAGCACAGAAUAUAUUUAGGUUUUUUUUGUGUGUUUUAAACUUCUUACUUAGACAAAGGACUUCAUAAAUGAAUUGCAGUCCCCUUUGGAGAUUAAAAUGUGUGUCAGUGUAAUGCCCAGUGUAGCACAAGGUAUCUACUGCCCAGUCUGAAGUCAGACAUCCUGGUACUGUCACAUAUAACAAUGAGACCAUGUUGCUAUUUUGAAAGGACUGUUCUGUCUAAAUAUUUUAAUUACCUAUAAUUCACUCUUUGAUAAAUCAAAAGAAAAACAUUUUUUAUCCUUUUGAUAGAUUUUUAAAUUUUUUUUCCUCAUCAGAGAACUUAUACACAGAGUAUUUUGGGGGACAAGCUCGGUAGAAAAUUUUAUGAUGUCUCAUUUUUAACUUGGUGGAAAAUGACAUAACAUAUUAAAAGUCUGAAAUUUGUUUACCAUAUACAUAUUGUUUAAGCAAUUCUAACUGAAGCAUUUUGAAGAUGAAUAUAGCAGUGUUUAUGCACAUAUAACUCCCACUGUUUUCAGUGAGAUUAUAAUGUAUGUGUUCAUAGAGAUGCCUGGCUCAGUCUUUUCUUAUGUUUAAUGACUUGCUCAGUGAGGAGAUUCUGACAGGAUUUCUUACAUACUGGUACAAAAUAUUCUGUAUCUUUGAAAAAAAUAAUGUGUUUUUUUUAAAGAAGAAAAAAAAAGAUAAGGACAUUCCUUUAUUUUUACUGUACUUUACCAUAAUAGAUAGGAGAAUUUAUAAAAAAAAGUUGGAGACAUUCUUCCUUACUUAAAAUUACAUGGAUCAUAUUAAUUUCUUCUUUAAUUUAUUACACAAUCAACUCUUUUUUACGGUAUUAAAAAAACCCAACAACCUGGAAGUGAGCAAUCUGGCCACUUUUUUUUCUAUUGAAAAAAAACAAAACUUGACAGCUAGAGGGAAAAUUUUACCUGGUAUUCCAAACUUGCAGUGAAAUCCUGUCACUGAAACAAUUUGUUUUUGCAAAUUUGUUAUUUCAUUUGAGCGUGUUUUAAAUGUUUGGUUUGUUAUUGCUCACAGUGCAUACACAAAAGCAAAAUACAGCUGAAAGCGAACAUCUGCCACAUAGCUAGUGGCAUACUGCAUAUCAACAAACCAUAGCAACAUAUCCUUGCAUUGAAGAUUAUGACAUGGUGACCUUGUUUUAGUUUCUCUGAGGAUUAGCUAAGAAUAUCUGAAAAAUAAUGGCUACCUAGAUGUGUCAAAUUAUCUUAGAAAACAACUUAAUAACUCUCUUCAGUGUUAUUUUAUCAGUUUUUCAUGUAUUGUAUAAAAAAGAAAAUUCAUUCUGAGCAAUGAUUUAUAGAUAUGUAGUACUGUUUUCACUUAUCUGUUUAGAAAAUCUGUUAAAAAAGGCUUGGGGAAAGUAUUUAGCUGUGUUAGUCUGAAGUGAGGUGAGAUGCAGGUAGAUUUGCAGCUUAAAGGGAGCAUCUACA